UUAGCUAAGGAUCAAGGAUGGCUGCGAUGUUUACGUGUUGUUUAGGCUGCUGCGGAGAUGGCGGAACGGGGCAUAUUCCCCUCAAAGAAAUGCCCACUGUUCAGUUAGAUACUCACCACAUGGGCACAGAUGUUGUCAUUGUGAAGAGCGGCCGGAGGAUAUGCGGCACUGGAGGCUGUCUGGCCAACGCUCCUCUGCACCAGAACAAAAGUUAUUUUGAGUUUAAGAUCCAGUCCACCGGUGUGUGGGGACUAGGUGUGGCUACGCAGAAAGUGAAUCUUAAUCAAGUGCCUUUGGGCAGAGACACAAACAGCCUAGUCCUGAGGCAUGAUGGGUCUGUGUACCACAACAAUGAAGAGAAGAAUCGCCUACCUGCAAACAGCCUUCCUCAGGAGGGCGACAUUGUGGGCAUCACAUAUGACCACGUGGAGCUGAAUUUAUAUCUGAAUGGAAAGAACAUGCAUUGUCCUGCUUCAGGGAUCCGAGGCACUGUAUACCCUGUUGUUUAUGUGGACGACAGUGCCAUCUUAGACUGCCAGUUUAGUGACUUCUAUCACACAGCUCCACAAGGAUUUGAGAAGAUCCUCUUUGAACAACAAAUCUUCUAAAGGAGCACCUCAGCCUCGGACCCUCUUUUCGUUGUCACCCUCCCCUAAAUCGCAUAGCAACCUCUGUGACACUACAGCUUGACCGUGAUUGGAUGAUAUUAUGUGUGGCUCGAACGCCUCUCGCUCUGUUUCCCCUGUGUACGCUGUCUCUCUGCUGAUGUUUGGGAUUGAAGUUGGAGUAUCCUUGAAGGCGUGGGGAUUUCUGAUCCGUGGUCGGCUAUGACGAGCUAUUACAGUCUCUGCCGUUAAAUCAUUAUCAGUGUAUUAACUGACACACUAUCAGUUUGCUGCUUACAGUCUCAAUCUGUGUGUUGAUGCCGAACAGUGGAUGUAAUGGUAAAAUGUUCCCAUUUUUCAGGAUCAGAAGCCAUGUUUUAUUAACAUUGCUUAUGUUUUUGAUUGUGUAAUCUCCUAAAUGCCAUACUGACAUCUCAGCAUACGCCCCAUAUUUAUUCUUAUUUAUUCGAGUCACAGAUCAAAGUGGUAUGUGUCUUUGGUUUGACAAAACAUGUUAUUUCUUUUUGGCCGGCAAGAGUUUGUGGACGAAUGAAGGAUCAGCUGUCAAUACUGGCACAUCAGACAACAAUGUCACUUUUGUGUUGUCGCCUUUAAUUAAAAAUACAAUUUAAAGUGGCCAUAUUGCAACACUUUUUAAUUCAUAUCACUUUCAGUACUUAAACCAGUAAAGCGGUGCACAUUCCAGGGGACAGUCUGUGUCUGAGGUUGACUUUUCAGCGGAGGUAUGCUGAGGUGACGGUGCUGGAAAAUGUAAUACAAAGUGAAAAAUGUAUUAAAUCGCUGAUAUAGAUAUUUAGGCGUGAUUUCUAAAUUACUUCAGUGAAAAGCUCUUUCCCACACUUUCCUCUCCUGAAAUCUUUUAUGGUGUAUUUAUUCCAAAUAUCAGAAUAUUACCAGAGCUGGUGCUGGCUGUCUCUGAUUAGAGAUACACGGUGAAAAAAUGUCAAUCUGUUGUGUUGUAUUGGCAUUGCAUAUCCGCUGCUGAAAUGUGACAGUUAAAUAUUUCAAAUGCUUGUUUUUGAUUGCACUAAUAAUGUUGUUGUACAAGCAAAUCCAAAUAUUGUUGAUUCAUUAAACUUUUGUGUCUGGAGGCAUACAUUU